CGGCGCUGAUCCGCCGUUGAAAUGAACCAGAGUCAAAGUCAGCAAACGAGUGAAGGAAGACACGAAGAUGACACUGCCCUCGCCGAUUUCCUUGCUUCCUUAAUGGACUAUACUCCCACU